AUCUUCAAUACAUACCACAUAGCCCAAAAAGAAAAACAAACAUAAAAAAAAAAAAAAAAAAGCAAAAAGAAAACAUAAAAAUAAAAAGUAGAUUAAUUAUAAGUUGCUGGAAGUGUUUUGGAAAUUAGUUAAAAUGGAUGAAAUGUCGUUUUUAACUUUAUAAAUACCCAUCUCUUUGGCCAGCUUCCUUCCAUUUUCUGCAUCCUUCCCUGUUCAGAUUUGUUGGAAACUAGAAAGAGCUCCAGAAAAAACCCCAAAAGGCAGGAACCCCUCUGUUUCUGUCAAUUUUCAUCUUCUUCUCUGCUUCACCUUCUUCCCAAUCCCCCUCCUUUGUUUUCUGCACCCACCAGCUUUGAACUCUCUAUGGCAUACCAAAACAAAUCCAUGUCAGUCUCUCCUCAAAGAAAAUUGGGUAGGGGAAAGAUCGAGAUUAAGCGGAUCGAAAACACCACAAAUCGGCAAGUCACUUUCUGCAAGAGACGUAAUGGUUUGCUAAAGAAAGCCUAUGAGCUCUCUGUUCUCUGUGAUGCUGAAGUUGCUCUCAUAGUCUUCUCUAGCAGAGGACGCCUUUAUGAGUAUGCCAACAACAGCAGUGUCAAGUCAACAAUUGAAAGAUACAAAAAGGCAUGUUCAGAUUCUUCAAAUACAGGAUCCGUUUCUGAAGCUAAUGCUCAGUUCUACCAGCAAGAAGCUGCCAAGCUUCGUUCACAAAUUGGAAGUGUGCAAAAACAAAAUAGGGAGAUGCUGGGUGAAUGUCUAAGCAGUUUGUCUCUCAAAGACCUGAAAAACCUGGAGGGUAAAUUAGAAAGAGGAAUUAGCAAAAUCCGAUCCAAAAAGAAUGAGCUCUUAUUUGCAGAAAUUGAGUACAUGCAGAAAAGGGAAAUUGACUUGCACAACAAUAAUCAGCUUCUCCGAGCAAAGAUUGCAGAGAAUGAGAGGAACCAACAGAAUAUAAGCAUGAUGGCAGGAGGAGGAGGAGGAGGAAAUUAUGAGAUCAUGCAAUCUCAGCCAUUCGAUUCUCGGAAUUAUUUUCAAGUCAAUGCAUUACAACCCAAUAAUGAGUACUCACGCCAAGACCAGAUGGCCCUUCAAUUAGUUUAAAUAUGGUAGGACUUGGCAUGUUCUGCUGUUUAAGUGGAGGGUAUCUAGCUGAAAUGACACCAGAUGAUAGCUACUACAAGUAUAUUGUCAAGUACUAGGAUGAAGUUGAAAUCAAGCUGCAGUUUGCUGUAAGUGGAGGACCUGGUCAGUAAUUCUCUACUUACAGUACUGUAAUGUACUACUAUGUAUGUCAUGAUAUGCAUAGGGAGAUGGGAUUUCUUGUUUGUAUCAUUAAUGCUUGAAGCAAUGUACUAAGACUCUUGCAAGAGACACCAACUAACAAGUUUAUCAUCUUCGAUCUUGUGAUUUAGUAGUUUUGUGAUGUCAUUAGCUUUCCUGUCCAUUUCAUAUGAAAAACACCACUUUGCCUA